AUGUUCAACACAUUCAAGCGGUUCAUCGGGGCCCCGGAGCCGCCGGCCGAAUCCCCGAUCAGCCCCUCCCGGCUACUCUCUGCUAAACCCGCCACCGCUGCUGCUCCACCUGCGACGGAGGUGAAGCCUCCAGAAAAGAAAGAGGAAGAGAAGAAAGAUGAACCCAAACCGGCAGCUGAAGCUCCGCCUACUACACCUGCACCAGCCCCAGCACCAGAGCCGACGCCAGCCCCCACCACGGGUCCAGCACCUGCACCCGCUGCUACCGCCCCAGCACCCACACCGACCCCAGCACCCACACCGGCCCCGGCACCUACACCAGCCGCAGCACCCGCCGGAGCCCCAGUUCUUGCAGAUGGAGUGGCCAUUGAUGAGCCUCCGCCCUCUCGCACGCCCACCCCCCCGCCGGUGGUGUACCAGCGCUUCGUGGACGACACGCUCCGGUACGUCUCCAGGCAGCUGAGGGACCGGGUGGUGAGGUACAAGGAGAAGGUCAUCGACCCCUACGCCACCUCGCCGGAGAUCACCCCGCCUAUCACCCCCCUCCUGAGGACGGCCGACUACAUCAAGCUGAAGGAGGCCGAGCGCGUCGCCAAGGAGGAGGCGGACAAGAAGAAGGCAGAGGAAGCGGCCAAGAAGGCGGAGGACAAGAAGAAGAAGGACGAGGAGAAGCGGCUGGAGGCGGAGCAGAAGGCCGAAGAGGAGAGGCUGGCCGAGGAGGCCAGGAAGGCGGCCAAGUUCCUGCCCGACCUCAGCUGCGCCCCGGUCGACAUGCUGUUCCACCCCGUGGAGGAGAUGCUGGACGGGGUGCUGGGCAACACCAUCGACCCGUUCACCGACCGUCGCUACGUCACCUGGCUGGCUGUUGUGGCGGUGGCCUUAAACUACAACAUCUGGAUCAUCCCUGUUCGCCUCGUCUUCCCUUACCACAACGCCGCCAACAACCCCUACUGGCUCUUCUUCGACGCCCUCGCGGACCUGGUCAACGUGAUCGACAUCAUGGUCUGGCAACCGCGACUGCAGUUUGUCAAAGGGGGCGACAUCGUGAAAGAUAGGAAUCUGAGCAAACCACAUUACCGCUCAUCUUACCGAUUUAAGACUGAUCUCGUGAGCCUCAUCCCAUUCGAUGUGCUGGGUGUCUACUACGGCUUCAACUCUGUGUUCAGAUUGAACCGGAUCAUAAGGAUUGAAUACUUCUUUGAGUUCAGUGAUCGUCUUGAGAGCAUCAUGGCCAAAGCCUACAUCUGGAGAGUGAUCCGCACCACAGGCUACCUGCUGUACGCCCUGCACAUCAAUGCCUGCCUUUUCUACGUGGCGUCUCUUUACCAGGGCCUGUCCACCACCGACUGGGUCUACAACGGCCAGGGGAGCGCAUACCUGAGGUGCUACUACUACGCCGUGCGCAGCCUGAUCAACAUCGGGGGGCUCCCGGUGCCGCAGACGGUCUUCGAGAUCACCUUCCAGCUGUGUAACUUCUUCGUGGGCGUCUUCGUGUUCUCCAGUCUGAUUGGACAGAUGAGAGACGUCAUCGGCGCGGCCACGGCGGGCGAGACGUACUUCCGCGCGUCCAUGGACGGCUGCGUGUCCUACAUGAACAGCAACAGCAUCCCCAAGUUUGUGCAGAACCGCGUGCGCACCUGGUACAACUACACCUGGGCGGCGCAGGGCAUGCUGGAUGAGUCCGAGCUGCUGGAUAAGAUGCCCCUGGUGAUGAGAAUGGCCAUCGCUGUGGACAUCAACCUGGCCACCUUCCAGAAGAUCGCUCUGUUUCAGGGCUGUGACCAGCAGAUGCUGGUGGACAUGUUACUGAGACUCAAGUCCAUCGUGUAUCUACCUGGAGACUUUGUUGUCAAGAAGGGGGACAUCGGUAAAGAGAUGUACGUCAUCAAAAGCGGUGCAGUGCAGGUGGUGGGGGGACCAGACAACAGCAUAGUGUUUGUCACGCUGAAGGCCGGCUGUGUCUUUGGAGAAAUCAGUCUCCUACAGUCGGCCAAAGAUGGCGGCAACCGACGAACGGCAAACGUGAAAGCUCACGGCUUCGCCAACCUCUUCGUCCUGGAGAAGAAGGAUCUGUUUGACAUCCUGGUGCACUACCCAGAGUCCCAGAAGGUGCUGGCCAGGAAGGGAAAGAAUCUAAUGAAGGCCAAGGGUCCCGUUGCUGCCAAGGGAGUGACGGACAAGAGGGGGCUUUCGUUGUUCGGACCCAAGCCACCCACACCCAAAAUGCUAAGAGCCUUCGGCCAAGGAGGCCUUCUGGGCAAACUCAAGGCACUGAGGGCAAAGGAACAGUCCUGAGCAUGCUCAGUUCAUCAGUUCAUCAGCUCAUCCCUUCCAUUGGCAGAGGUGAUUCGUCAUACACCUUUGUUCCUAGUUUUUUUUCCACCUUACCUUGCUUUGUGCUAUAUAUACUGUAAUAUAUAUAUAUAUAUAUAUAAAUAUAUAUAUA